ACUCAAAUCCUACACCUCGACCCGCAAUCUAUUCCCCCAACUGCCACGGGUUAUCAAAACCCCCAAAACCCACACAAUUUUCAUCACUCCAGAUAUUCCAUUAAUGGCGUCACUGAACUCCAAUCCCAUCCCAUUCCAGUUGAGGAACCCUAGAACUGGGUUGAGGAGCUCGAACUCUCCGCACCUCGUCGUGUUGUCGAACCUAUCAUCAUCAUCAGACGAUGCCUCCAAGUCCACUCUCCGCAUUUCCGCGGAUUCCGCCCCCAAAGCCCGCUUCGUGGCCCGGAGAACUGAAUCCGUCUCCGUCCGUCAGCUCCAACGGCCGCUGACUGAGUAUAUGAGCUUGCCUGCGAGUCAAUAUUCUGUUUUAGAUGCGGAGAGAAUAGAGCGAGUGGAUGACAACACCUUCAGGUGUUAUGUGUAUAGGUUUAAGUUUUUUGCUUUUGAAGUUUGUCCAGUUUUGUUGGUGAGAGUGGAGGAGCAGCCUGAUGGUUGCUGCAUUAAGCUCUUGUCAUGCAAGCUCGAGGGCUCGCCCAUCGUUGUUGCACAGAAUGACAAAUUUGAUGCUUCAAUGGAGAAUAAGAUAUCAUGUGAUAGCACGAAACGCGAUUCACCAGUUCAGAGGUUGACUUCAGAUGCAGUCAUUGAGGUCAGCAUUGAGAUUCCCUUUGCAUUUCGUGCAAUUCCAGCACAGGUCAUUGAAUCAACAGGCUCCCAGGUGUUAGAACAGAUAUUGAAGGCCAUGCUUCCCCGAUUUAUGUCACAGUUAGUGAAGGACUAUCAGGCUUGGGCUUCUGGAGACACCUCCAGGCAGCCUCUUGGGACGGGUGAGAUCUAAAAUAGAGUGACCUGCUUUACGCCAGCAAUUUGUAAUACAUCUGUUCUAUGGUGUGUAACGUAAAUUUGUCAGUUUAAUUGGGAAACCAGCUGAGGUAAAGCUACAUCAGUUUGUAACUAAUGUUUUUCUUUUUGAUUUUCAAACAGAUCAAUAAUUAAGUUUUAGUGCUCCUUAGGCA